AGAAAACUACAUCUGCCGGCAUGCCUCGGGCAGGGGUGGGGGACGCCGGCACCCAGCCACCCCGAUUUUCCGGAGUCAAUCAACUCCCACACUAAAGAGGAUGGAGGUGGCACGGGGCAACAGAGCUCCAGAACCCGGCGAGAAUCGGGCUCUAAAGCCGUGUCUGCUGCGCCGCAACCGCAGCCGCGAACAGCACGGCGUGGCGGCCUCCUGUCUGGAGGAUCUGAAGAGCAAGGCCUGUGACAUCCUGGCCAUUGAUAAGUCCCUGGCACCAGUCACCCUGGUCCUGGCAGAGGAUGGCACCAUAGUGGAUGACGACGAUUACUUUCUGUGUCUGCCUUCCAAUACUAAGUUUGUGGCAUUGGCCAAUAAUGAGAAGUGGGCGUACAGCAACUCAGACGGAGGCACUUCCUGGAUUUCCCAAGAGUCCUUCGCUGUAGAUGAAACUGACAGCGGGGCAGAGCUGAAAUGGAAGAAUGUGGCCCGGCAGCUGAAAGAAGAUCUAUCGAGCAUCAUCCUCCUGUCAGAGGAAGACCUGCAAGUGCUCGUCGAUGUCCCAUGUUCAGACCUGGCUCAGGAACUAGGCCAGAGCUGUGUCACCGUCCAGGGGCUCCAGAACACUCUCCUGCACGUGCUCGACCAGAGAGAGGAAACCCGUCAGUCCAAACAGCUCCUGGAGCUCUACCUCCGGGCUUUGGAGAAGGAGGGCUGCGUCUUGUCAAAGCAGCAAGAGUCCAACGCAGGCUUCGGGGACGAGGGGGACGCAGUUGACACGGGUAUGAGCAGAGAGCGCUCCUCCGAAACGGCCCUGCCCAGCCAGGUCCUUACUGCGCUGCAGGAGAAGGCUGCCCCCGAGCUGAGUCUGUCGAGUCAGGAUUUGGAGCUGGUCACCAGGGAGGCCCCCAGGGCACUGGCUGUUGCUCUGAACUGGGACGUGAAGAAGGUGGAAACUGUUCAACAGGCCUGUAACCAGGAGCUGAGCCUGCGGCUCCAGCAGAUACAGAGUUUGCAUUCUCUCAGGAACGUUUCAGCAAGGAGAAAUUCACUGCCGGGAGAGCUGCCGAGUCCCAAACGAGCCAAACAAGACCCUCCAGGGCUGUAGCUGGAAAUAGGCCGAAGCCUGCGGCCUUGGUGUGUGUCCUCAGUUAUCAUCCCUGCGGCCUUUGGAGCCACCCACUCCUCCUGUGCCCGCUGCCUAGAGCUCUUCCCCUGUACAGGUUACAACACUGGCUCGUGCCCCCUCCAGGAAGGCCACUCCAGAUCUCAACAUGUGCCUGCUCCCGGUUUCGAACGAUACAGCUGCACCAAUGACAUCCCACCUCCUCUAAUGACAGGGCCUUAUGUUCUCUGUUUAAAAGUCAUUGUGAAGGGCAGUGAAAUUGUCAUAUUUCAGACUAUCUGUGUUCUAAAGAUAGAAAUGCAGAAUUUCAACAGUAAUGGUAGAGAAGGUGUCAUAAUAGUUUUGAUGAGAGUCACAAACUUGUUUUCUCGAGUUAAUGAACUUUUUUAUUUGUUUAAAGGCACAGGUUGAGUUUGCAGACCAUCAGGACGUACGGGGCGCCUAAUUCACCAUUUCUAAUAUCUACUUCAGUAUUGUGAAAUUGUAUCUGAAACUCUUUUCAGUUUUCUAAUAUGUUUUAUCAGCAGGGGGUAUAAAAGCUCAUUAAGUCGAUUUCUAUGUGAUAUGACUCCAAGUCUCUCUGGGUGCAAAGCAAGACUUCUGGUUUAUAUUCCUCCUGUUUCUGUACAAACUCAUUUCUCAGGUUUUGUAAUCUACAAUACAAUCUCCUUGCAGGGAAAAGAUAAUGGAUUAUCACUGGCUCAUUUGACUUUUUAAGCAUGCUUAGAGGAAAAUAGAAUGCUAGUAAGAGAUAGAUUGGCUACUUAAUAAGUGAUGCAAUAUAACAGUAAGUUCUGGGACAAGGGAGGGUGCACAAAACAGAACAAAAAGAACUGUUUCCUUCUGUGACCUUCAGGGACAGCUCAGAUGUACUUAGCACCCUUUUACUAACUAACGCCUUACACCCUUGAUUCUCACUCACCAGCCCCAACAUUUCCUUUUUUAAUAGCAUAUUUUGUAAUGCCUCUUUAACGAUCCUUAAAUGGAAGUCAGGGCUAAUAACCUACCUACAUGCAUACUUUCAAAAGCAGUGGCAUAAUACCCCAAGUGUAAUAUUUCAGAAGAAACCAAAGGAAAAUUCUUUCCAAUAAAAUGGCACAUGUCUCAGUA